AGUUUGCUAAAAAGCACGCACAAAUUAUGAUUAAAUAUAGCUGCGGCAUACGCAAGCAUGUGGAGGAUGGUAUAUGUCUGCCAGCAAUGGAUAGAUUCCUCAGUCGCCAUGUGUCGCAUAGAUAGAAUGUAUAUUUAUAGUCACAUAUUUAUUUUGAAUAAUCUAUUUCUAUUUCUACCAUUUCUACUAUUAUUUAUAUUAUUU